CCUCCUCCCCUGGCAGAGCCUCCGCUGGAUCCUCCGCCCCCCCGGAGCUCCCGGCGGGAUCCUCCUCCUGCCCGCAGCCCCAUGUGAGACUCCGCAUCCCCCCGUGCCUCCGCCGUGCUCUUUCAAUGCUCCUCCAUGUGGACUGAGAACCCAUCAAGACACACACACGAGAACUCAUCCCGAUCAACUCCAAAUCCUGGCUUUCCGUGGGUUUUGCUGCAACACAUGAAAGCAAACUUGUAUUUAAGACACACUCGUGCAGAAAUUUAGCUGGGGACUUGAACGUGUAUUUUGUCUUGGUUUCUUGGUCUUGGUUAUUUUUUUGUUGUUUUAUUUUUCUUUUUUUUAAAUUUUGCUUCACUGGAAAUCAAAAGCUUGUUUUGGAAUUGGACCUGCUUUUGCUGCACUUCUCUGGGCUGGAUAACACUGAAGCUCUUUGCUUUUCUACUUGGAUCGUGUUUUCCUGUUGAUCUGUUGGGUUUUUUUCAUCUCCUGUGUGGCAGACUUUUUUUUUUUUUUUUCCCUGAGGGGGGUAAACAAACGACAAAACAACAAAAAACUUAAUUUUUUUGGCCGUGUGAGAUUUUUUUCGUAUUCAUAUUCGUGAAAUUACGGGUACACUUACAAAAAAAUUGAAAAAAAUAAAAAAGAAGCAUUAAAAAUAAGAAAGGAACACGUCAGAGAGACCCCUACACGGUAGACAAAAUACUCACUUGUUUCCUUACAGCAAGACUGAAUCGAAAGCUGCCAAAGAGCCCCAUAAAGAAAAGACUAAAAGGGAGAAAGAACAAGAAACACAAGAAGAGGAACAUUUGAUGGAAGAAAAGAAAAAGAAAAAGCAGGAAGAAAAGAAAAAGAAGGAAGGUGCUCAGAAAAAGGCUGCUGAACAAAAAACCAAAGUGCCAGAACCUAUUAAGACCAGUUUAAGCCAGCCCCAACCUGCCGGUACCGGUACCAGUACUUCCACCAGCACUCUCACCAACAGCAGCAAUGGCAAGCGCGCGUCUGCCAACGGGCAGCAGCCUGCGGCGUCCCGCUACCUGCCCCGAGAGGUGCCUCCCCGCUUCCGCCAGCAGGAACAGAAGCAGCUCCUAAAGCGGGGGCAGCCACUGCCCACCGGGGCUCUCGGUGCCCCCGGCCCGGCGCCGGGCACGGCAGCAGCAGCGGGAGCCAGCCCUCCUCCUCCUCCUCCUCCUCCUCCUCCUCCUCCUCAGCAGGGAGCAGCGGCACAGCAGCAGCAGCAUCCCGGCAAGGCGCAGCCAGAUCUCAGCCACAGUGGAUUGGGAGACCAUUAUGAGAAUUCCCACUGGGGACAGCAGCCCGCUUUCAGGAGUGAAGGCAACUGCAGCUGGGAUAAAGUGAUAAUAGACAGGACUGACAAGGAAGCGUGGCCUUCCAUUACCGGAGCUGAGACUGAGUCUGCCUCAGAAUGUACUACAGACACUGACUCUGCCUCCAACUGUGGCUCAGAGAACAGUAGCAUGGCUACAGGGAGUGCCCAAGGCAACUUCACUGGACAUACAAAGAAAACUAAUGGCAAUAAUGGCGCCAACGGAGCACUCGUCCAAAGCACUUCUAACCAGAGUGCCCUUGGAGCUGGUGGAGCCAACGGCAACGGCAGCUCGGCCAGGGUGUGGGGGGUGGCUGCGGGCUCCAGCUCUGGCCUAGCUCACUGCUCUGCCAGUGGUGGGGAUGGAAAGAUGGACAACAUGAUGGGAGACGGUAGAAGUCAGAACUGCUGGGGUGCUUCCAACUCGAAUGCUGGCAUUAAUCUUAACCUUAACCCUAAUGCCAAUCCAGCUGCCUGGCCUGUACUUGGACAUGAAGGAACUGUGGGAGCAGGCAACCCUUCCAGUAUUUGCAGUCCAGUCAGUGCCAUAGGUCAGAACAUGGGCAACCAGAAUGGGAACCCAACAGGCACCUUAGGUGCUUGGGGAAACUUGCUGCCGCAAGAGAGCACAGAACCACAAACGUCCACUUCUCAGAAUGUGUCUUUCAGCGUACAACCUCAGAACCUUAACACUGAUGGACCAAAUAACACUAACCCCAUGAACUCUUCACCAAACCCUAUCAAUGCAAUGCAGACAAACGGACUGCCGAACUGGGGGAUGGCCGUGGGCAUGGGGGCCAUCAUCCCGCCCCACCUGCAAGGCCUUCCUGGUGCUAACGGGACAGCGGUUUCUCAAGUCAGCGGGGGCAGUGGUGAAGGAAUGGGCAGUUCAGUAUGGGGGAUGUCCCCAGGUAAUCCUGCCGCAGGAAACAGCAAUUCUGGGUUCAGUCAGGGGAAUGGAGACACUGUGAACUCAGCAUUAAGUGCUAAACAAAACGGAUCCAGCAGCGCUGUGCAGAAGGAAGGAAACGGAGCGAACGCGUGGGACUCGGGGCCUCCCUCCGGCCCCGGGGUCCUGGCGUGGGGCAGGGGCGGUGGUGGGGUUGGCAGUGUGCAUUCUGGAGCCUGGGGCCACCCCAACCGCAGCGCCAGCAACGGCGUCAACGGCGAGUGGGGCAAGCCCCCAAACCAGCAUUCCAAUAGCGACAUCAAUGGGAAAGGAUCAACAGGGUGGGAUAGCUCGAGUGUUACCAGUCCCAAUCCUGCCAUGCAGCAGGGCAAUGAACAAAUGAACUCUUGGGCCAAAGCUGCGGCAUCUGGCACCACGGCUAGUGAAGGAAGCAACGACAGCGGUGGGAGUCAAAAUGAAGGCAGUACUGGGAGGGAGGGGGCUGGAGAGGGCAGGAGGAGAGACAAAGGGAUGAUAGACCAAGGGCAAGUUCAGUUGCCAAGAAAUGACCUUGACCCCAGGGUCCUGUCCAAUACGGGGUGGGGACAGACCCCUGUGAAGCAAAACACUGCCUGGGAAUUUGAAGAGUCCCCAAGGUCUGAACGGAAGAAUGACAAUGGAACUGAGGCCUGGGGUUGUGCAGCUACUCAAUCUUCAAACUCAGGGGGGAAGAACGAUGGGUCCAUCAUGAACAGUACAAAUACCUCUUCAGUAUCUGGGUGGGUCAACUCUCCACCGGCAGCUGUUCCAACAAAUACAGGUUGGGGAGACAAUAACAACAAAGCACCAAAUGGCCCAGGGGGGUGGGGAGAGUCAGCAAGCUCUACUACUGUUAAUAAUGCUGCUGCUGCCAAAAGCGGCCACACUUGGAGUGGGACCGCAAAUCAGGAGGACAAAUCACCUACCUGGGGUGAACCUCAGAAACCCAAAUCUCAAAACUGGGGAGAUGGACAGAAAUCAAAUCCAAGCUGGACUUCAGGAGGUGGAGACUGGACAGAUUCAUCAUCUGUUCCUGGACACUUGGGUGAUGGGAAGAAGAAUGGAUCUGGAUGGGAUUCUGACAAUAGAUCGGGGUCUGGCUGGAAUGAUUCCACAAAGUCUGGGACCAGUGGGUGGGGGAAUGGCACAAACAGCAAGGCUAAUACAGGUACAAGUUGGGGGGAAUCUUUAAAGCCAGGCCCCCAACAAAAUUGGGCUAAUAAACCCCAGGACAACAAUGUGAGUAACUGGGGAGGAGCUGCUUCUGUAAAACAGACGGGGUCAGGGUGGGUUGGUGGGCCAGUGCCAGCCAAACAAAAAGAGAACUGUGAGGCAACUGGCUGGGAAGAGCCAUCUCCACCGUCCAUUCGCCGCAAGAUGGAAAUCGAUGAUGGUACCUCAGCUUGGGGCGACCCAAAUUACAACAACAACAAGACUGUAAACAUGUGGGAUAGAAAUAAUCCUAUAAUUCAGAGCAGUACCACAACCAACACCACCACCACUAGCACCAUUAUCAACACCAACAUGGUUGAACCUCAGCCAUCGCACCAGUCAAGUGCCCAGCCGAACCGGUCCCCGCUGCUUGGCCCAGCAGGCUGGGGAGAGAUGCCUGCUGUCCACACCAAGAGUGAAGCUUCCUGGGGAGAGCCUUCCUCCCCUUCUGCUGCAGUCGAUAAUGGCACUUCAGCCUGGGGGAAGCCCCCCAGCAGUGGGACCGGGUGGGGAGAGAAUCCUGCCGAGCCUGCAGGGACCUAUGGAAGAUCAAAUGCUCCAGCUGCUGCCCCAGCACUGUGCAAACCAGCUUCAAAAUCUAUGCAAGAAGGCUGGGGCAGUGGUGGGGAUGAUGUGAAUCUCAGUACUAGUCAGUGGGAAGAUGAAGAAGGAGAUAUGUGGAAUAAUACUGCUUCACAAGAGAGCAGCUCCUCCUGUAAUUCCUGGGGGAAUGCCCCGAAGAAAGGACUUCAAAAGCCCAAAACAAAUCCGCGCUUGUCCCUUGGUACUUUCUGGAGAACUGAAAAGAAGAGACUUCUUAAGGAUAUUGUGAUAGAAAAGCUGCACAAAGAUCUUUUAAAGGGCAUGAAGACAUCUAGCAAGCAGGAUGAGGCCUGGAUCAUGAACCGUCUGAUAAAACAGCUCACAGACAUGGGCUUCCCUAGAGAGCCAGCGGAAGAGGCCUUGAAGAGCAACAGUAUGAAUCUUGAUCAGGCCAUGAGUGCUCUGCUGGAAAAGAAGGUGGAAAUGGACAAGCGUGGAAUGGGAGUGACCGACUACAAUGGAAUGGUCACCAAACCCCUUGGCUGCCGCCCACCACCAAUCUCCAAAGAGUCUUCCAUGGACCGCCCCACCUUCCUUGACAAGCUCACCCUUUCUUUCUCCAAUCAGGAUGGCGGCCUAGUGGAAGAGCCCACUACUUCACCAUUUUUGCCUUCACCAAGCCUGAAGCUCCCCCUUUCAAACAGUGCACUCCCUAAUCAGACCCUGGGCGGGAUUGCCUCAGGGCUGGGCAUGCAAAACUUGAAUUCUUCUAGACAGAUACCGAGUGGCAAUCUGGGUAUGUUUGGCAAUAGCGGAGCAGCACAAGCCAGGACCAUGCAACAGCCGCAGCAACCGCCAGUGCAACCUCUUAAUUCAUCCCAGCCUAGUCUUCGUGCUCAAGUGCCUCAGUUUCUAUCCCCUCAGGUUCAAGCACAGCUUUUGCAGUUUGCAGCAAAAAACAUUGGUCUCAGCCCUGCACAGUUAACCUCGCCAAUUAAUAAUCCUCAGCAUAUGACGAUGUUGAACCAGCUCUAUCAGCUGCAGCUGGCGUACCAACGUUUACAAAUCCAGCAGCAGAUGUUACAGGCUCAGCGUAACGUUUCCGGACCCAUGAGACAACAGGAGCAGCAAGUUGCACGUACAAUCAAUAACAUGCAGCAGCAGAUCCAGCAGCACCAGCGCCAGCUGGCCCAGGCCCUGCUUAUGAAGCAGCAGCCUCCCCCUCCACAUCUAUCUUUGCACCCCUCUGCAGGCAAAUCAGCCAUGGAUAGCUUUUCACCCCAUCCCCAGGCUCCCGGCCUUCCUGACCUGCAGACCAAAGAGCAACAGUCUUCACCGAACACCUUUGCUCCUUACCCUCUUGCUGGACUGAACCCGAACAUGAAUGUAAAUAACAUGGACAUUACUGGUGGUUUGUCAGUGAAGGACACUUCUCAGUCCCAGUCUCGCCUUCCUCAGUGGACACACCCCAACUCAAUGGAUAAUCUGUCUAGUGCUGCUUCUUCUCUUGACCAGAACUCCAGCAAGCACGGUGCUAUCCCUGGAGGUUUGAGCAUUGGUCCUCCGGGCAAGUCCUCCCUCGAUGACUCCUACGGCCGCUAUGAUCUGAUGCAGAACAGUGAGUCUCCUGCCAGCCCACCUGUAGCUGUUCCUCACAGCUGGUCACGUGCCAAAUCCGAUAGUGAUAAGAUUUCCAAUGGCUCCAGCAUAAACUGGCCACCAGAGUUUCACCCAGGAGUGCCAUGGAAAGGACUGCAGAAUAUUGAUCCUGAAAAUGACCCUGAUGUUACUCCUGGCAGUGUUCCAACUGGGCCUACCAUAAACACCACGAUCCAGGAUGUGAAUCGCUAUCUGCUCAAGAGUGGAGGGUCAUCCCCAACAUCAUCUCAGAAUGCCACGCUGCCUUCAUCGAGUGCCUGGCCGCUUAGUGCCUCCGGCUACAGUAGCUCUUUCAGCAGCAUUGCAUCUGCACCUAGCAUUGCAGGUAAACUGUCAGACAUCAAGUCCACGUGGUCCUCUGGCCCAAUCUCUCACACCCAAGCCUCUCUGUCCCACGAACUCUGGAAGGUACCCAGAAACACUACAGCUCCAACCAGACCUCCUCCAGGCCUCACCAACACCAAGCCAUCCUCCACGUGGGGUGCCAGUCCCCUGGGCUGGACCAGCUCUUCUUACUCCUCUGGUUCUGCAUGGAGUACUGACAGCUCAGGGAGAACAAGCAGCUGGCUGGUUCUGCGGAACCUCACCCCCCAGAUCGAUGGCUCCACGCUGCGCACGCUGUGUCUGCAGCACGGCCCCCUCAUCACAUUCCACUUGAACCUGACCCAAGGCAAUGCUGUGGUCCGAUACAGUUCCAAGGAGGAAGCAGCCAAGGCCCAGAAGUCUCUGCACAUGUGUGUCCUGGGCAACACCACCAUCCUGGCGGAGUUUGCAGGUGAGGAGGAGGUGAACCGGUUCCUGGCGCAGGGGCAGGCGCUGCCGCCCACCUCCAGCUGGCAGUCCAACACUGGAUCCACGCCCGGCCGCCUGGGCUCCUCGGGCAGCUCGCACGGGCUGGUGCGCCCCGACGCCGGCCACUGGAACCCCCCGUGCCUGGGGGGCAAGGGCAGCAGCGACCUGCUCUGGGGGGGGGUGCCCCAGUACUCCAGCAGCCUUUGGGGACCCCCCAGCGCCGACGAUGGAAGGGUCAUCGGGAGCCCCACGCCCCUCAACACCCUCCUGCCGGGGGAUCUGCUCAGCGGCGAGUCCAUCUAGGAGACACGGUGGAAGUAACAAUCAUCAGCACUAAAGGAGAACAGAGAAUUUAAAAUUUAAAAAAAAAAAAAAAUUCAAAAAAAAAAAUUCAAAAAUGGUAACCCUUUCCAGUCCCGGGCUUGAUGAAGAAUCCAGCUUUAACCCAUGAGACUGGCAGCCCUCCUUAGUACCUCUGUCCAAUAUUGAAUCUGAAACUGCAGAAGUCCUUGUGAACUGUUCCUGAAACAGUAUGGGCUCCUUUGGUCAGUGUCACAUGCUAAUGACAGGUUUUACUUUUUUCAUGGCUUUUUUUUUUUUGUUUUGUUUUAUGUCGUCUUUUUAUGUUUGUAUGGUGAUUUUUCAAAACCAAGUAUAAAAGCUGCUUAGAAUAGGUCUAUCAUGAAGGGCACUUUUCAGAAUUUGGGCUGGAAAGGGUUAUUUUAUCAAC